GCCAAGGGAGUGUGGGCGGCCCCUACGUAGGUCGAGGCAGGGAUGCCUAGCACCGGCGCUGCCGCUGUCCUCCUCAAUCAGCUAUACUGAAUGCUCACAGGACUCAAUUACUGGGGCUGUCAACUCCUUCAACUUGUGUUUCUCUUCCACUAUGAGCAGACCAACUCUGAUGCACAGCUCUAUGGCUUUCUGUAGCAUUCUCUUCCUCCCCUUAGCCACACAAUGUCUGGCUUUCCCAAAAGUAGAAAAGAUGGAGGUAGCACAUGCUUAUGCAGAGAAAGAGCAGUCUCAGAAGAUGGACACAGGUGACCAAGAAAACAUCUCCUUUGCUCCAAAGUCCAUGCCCCAGCAGAUGUCCUCUGAAGCUCCAAUGGUACUGUCUGCAGGAUCAUCAGUGAUGCAAUUAGAUAAAGUAUUCUCUGUCAACAAAGAACACCACCUUCCAGGAGCUGGGCUUCUGAAGAUCCUUGAUCUUCACUCUUCCAGUGAGCCAGUGGUCUCAACCAGUGAACAAGGGCAUGGUUCCAGUCAGCUUGAAAGAAUGUCUCCUAAACACAGACUUUCCAAGGCCAUGUCAAUCAUUGCUGUCUCAUCACCUACUUCUCUUAGUCCUCACCAGGAGGGACCAUACAGCAGUUCUAGCACCCAGCCCACGGUAGAAGGGAUCACAGAUGUAACACGUGACUUCCUGAAGAAUGUGGAUAAUCAGUUGUUUGCAUCUGAAAGUCAGGAAGCAGUUAGCUUGGGAAAUACACCUUCAUCCUAUAUAAAUACCAAAGAAAUGCUAACUGCCAAUCCAAGAACUGAGGAACUUAAAACAGAUGCAGCCAAGAAGACCACUGCCUUUCCUGAUGCUGAUUUGACAGCAGACACAGAGUCUGAUGGGGAGAGGCCCUCAGAGAAGCCGGAUGACAAUGCCCAGACCACUGUCACCACACAUUUGGUGGCAACCCCUGAGGAUAUUUUGAAUAUUGAUCCAACAGCUGACAGUCUCCUGGGGGACCUCAAGGUCACAGUGAGUGUCAGCACAGCUGUUCCAGUUUCUUCUGUCCCAAGUGAUGAGUGGGAUGACACCAAAUUUGAGAGUGUGAGUCAGACAAGGACCCCAGAUUCAGGAGACAGUGCAGAGACUCAAGUGAUCACAGAGCCACCACACGGAAUGCAUGAGAGCUAUGAAGGGAUUGAGGGGAGCCCCGCUUCCACAGAGGUUAACAAGGUGACUCCAGGGUUGCCUGAAGGAGAAACACCCCUGGGGACAGCCCUGAUAAUUGCGAUGGAGGAAGAGAGAUCACCAGUGUUUACCCAUCAAAUUUCCUCGACUCCCACAAGUCUGACAGAAGACUCUGAGGUUUCCAGUGUGAACCUGUUCCCAAGUGCCGAAGGCUUCACAGCAUCCACCCUGGAGGACAGAACCAUGCUUUUCUCAAGGAAUGCAGUUUCUACCUUUCAAUAUGAGUCUGAGACACAUCAGGCACUAGGAAAUGUGCUAAAAGACAUCACUCAAGAGAUGACUAUGGCCACUCAAGAACCAGACUCCAUAUUACCCGUGGUGACACAAGAGAAUAUUGAGGUUCCCAGAGGCAGUGGGGAGCCUGAAGAAGGCAUGCCAUCUCACUCUCCUGUGUCUGCUGAUGUUGGUGCCACUGAACUGUCUGGAAGAUGGGAGUCUCUGGCCACUACAGCCUCCACCACUGUUGUUCCUUUGCCUCUUGAAGUUACCUCUUCUAUGGAAGACCUAAUGGACACAAUCACGGGGCCAAAUGAGGAAUUCAUGCCAGUUUUGGGCUUUCCAAUGACACCCCCUGCAAUGACUGUGGAAGCUCCCACAGUUUCUCCAGCACUCCAGUCUGAGGAAGGAACUAUUUCAUCCAUCAACCACCCAAAUACAGCUGCCUCCUACGGCCUGGAACAACUUGAAUCUGAAGAAGCAGAAGAUGAGGAGGAUGAGGAGGAUGAAGAAGAUGAAGAUGAAGAAGAGGAGGAGGAGGAGGAAGAAGAUGAGGAAGAUAAAGAAGCAGACUCCUUGUACAAGGACUUCGAUGGUGAUACGGAGCUGCCGGGGUUUACUCUCCCUGGAAUCACAUCCCAGAAACCUGACGUAGAGCCAGGAAGCAUGGCCCUACUAGAGGUAGCAACCUACCAGGUGCCAGAAACCAUGGAGUGGGAGCAGCAGAAUCAAGGUCUAGUGAGAAGCUGGAUGGAAAAGCUGAAAGACAAGGCUGGCUACAUGUCUGGAAUGCUGGUGCCUGUUGGGGUAGGGAUAGCUGGAGCCUUGUUCAUCUUGGGAGCACUCUACAGCAUUAAGGUUAUGAAUCGCCGAAGAAGAAACGGCUUCAAACGGCAUAAAAGGAAGCAGAGAGAAUUCAACAGCAUGCAAGAUAGAGUGAUGCUGUUAGCGGACAGCUCUGAAGAUGAAUUCUGAAUUGGACUUGGGGUUCAUUCAAUGAGAUAAUUGUUUUAUUUUUUAUUUGGGGGCAAAAAGACGAAAGAAAAUACAUGAAUAAAAACCAACAAUAUCUCACCA